CGCGGCAGGGCAAUUGUUGUAUAUCCUUCCCGCGGGAGGGUCCCAAUCUGGCCGCCGUGCGAUGGUUGAACUGCGCGACACGCAGCCAGGCCCCUUACGGCCCCAAUCGUCUGAGAACAAGCGCGGGCUGCUUCGAAUUGUGCAUGCCGCGCCUCAGCACGGAUUCUCUGCAGAGUUCAAUCGCUUGACCGCCUUCCGGAGUCACUCUUAUAUAUCCGGGAGCUCUAGCUGAGCUGCAUCCUCCUUCCACACCAUUCACAUUCCUCUCCAUCGAUCAGUGACCAGCGGACUCCGGGCUCUGCCGAAGCAAGCAAUCGUCCAGAACUUACAUCCACCCAUUCCUCGCUACAUUGUAUUUAAUCUCGUAGAAAUCGCCGAGCUUGCUUCUCUAGUUCCACCCAGCUUCCCCUCACGUCGAUCCACCCGUUCGACAGCUUCAACAUGCAGGCCACACGUGUCUCAUCUCGCGCCUUCAAGGCCGUUGCUGCUGGCAGCAGGCAGAGCCGCAGCCUCCACAUGACUGGUCCUGCGACCUUCUCAAAUCUGCUCACCUCCGAGCGUCCCGCCAUGAACCAUCCUCAGAGCCUUGCUGGCCUGCGCUACGAGUGCCAGGUGCUCAAGCUCCCCACCACCGGCUCAAAGGAAGAGCUGCAAUCCCGCCUCUCCGCCCACGAGCUCACAAACGGCGCCCGCACCUUCAGCACCGCUGUCGACGACUCCAAGCGCCCGCUCGUCGGCGCGCCCGUCACCGGCCGCUCUUUCCGCCACUUCAACACUAGCCGCGAGCUCAAGUCGCCCAACGACAGCUCCACCAUCGACUUCGCCUUCAUCCCCGACUUCGAUCCUGACCUCGGCGCCGCCCCCGUCAACAUCCGGGUCCCCAUCCUCCCCACCACCAUCACCCCGAACCCGAGCUACACGUUUGCGUCCGCAAUCGAGGCCGCUGAGGCCGAGGAAGAGUACUCUGCACGCCUGCCCAGGAUUCACACCGUGUCCAGUCACCACGUCCACGCCCCGGCCGCCAUGUCCGAAGUCCACGACAACAACACCAUCGACUUCCAGGGCAUGGCCUUCGAGGCUGUGAACAAGCUCAAGCGUCCCGUCGAGGAGGGUGCUUCAAUGGCGAAGCAGAUCUGGGGUGGUCUUGUGGAUGAUGUUCUCGGCCCCAAGGGCAAGCCCGCCUAAGCAUCGCGUAACUUUUCUUUGUGGGUCUGUGCCGAGGGGUUCUCCACCGUACCCUUGUCGGCGAUAACGCGUAUCGGAGAUGCCUGGAUGGUGUCAACGUCGAGCGCAUGCGUAUAUAUACUGUUGUAAUCUUCUUCUCUUUCCUACGAUAUCUAGCGGGUCUGUGGGAACGCGGA